AUGGAGAGGUUUAGUAAAUGGAGAGAUCCGAAGACAGGAGUUCAUCCAUUCAUUACUCAAACGAAUAUUCCAAUAAUGAAUAUUAUAAUUGGAAUAGUAUUAGUUCCUAUCAAAUUAGUUAUAUUAACAAUAUUAUGUGGACUUGGUAACGGUGCUCUAAUACAACGGUUAAAACUCAUAGUGUUAGGGUAUUAUAAAUUCGAAAUAACAGAUAAAAGCAAUCAUAAAGGACAUAUAAUAAGUAAUCACCAAUCAUUCAUUGAUGUCAUUAUAUACUCUUGGAUGGGAUACUCGACAUUUUUAUACCCAUCUGAUGUAAAAGAAGACUCGACUGAUUUGUAUAGUCUAACUCCUUAUCAGGCAAUGAAACGAGCUAUUUUUAAUAGUCCAUUCACGGAAGUGCAAAAAAUUACUAUUGAUAAAGUUAAAGGGUUAGCAGUCUAUUUCAUUGAAGGAACAACUACAAACGGAUUGAUCAUGUUAAAACCACAAAUAAAGCCAAUUGAAAAUACUGCCUUCCAGUGGAAUUUAGUCUCACUGAAAUACAACGAAGUAAAUCCUUAUUACAAUCAAGCGACAAAUAUAUUUGUUUAUAUCUACUUUUUGUUAUCAAAAUUGAUGUGUCACGUCCACAUCACAAUCAUGGACUGCAAAGAUUUGAAGGAAGAGACUUUCACUGAGUUCUUCAGAAAUACACUAAGAGUAUCUACAGCUACUUUCGACUCUUCAGCUAAAAGAGAGUUUAUCACAAAAGCAAAAACUAAUUGA